GGAUCGGUCGCUAUAACGUUAACGUUACUGUUUUUAUUUUAGUUUGUCCAAUGGCAGCAAAAGUACCGUUACAGUGCAGGUUGUCCAGUUAAUUAACGUGGUGUUGGAAAGACUACAUGCGGCAUGCCAGCUCUUACAAUGUCAGAGAUCGAGGACUGCCAAAGACGCUUUCAGGCUGCUGUCGACGUCAUUCAAAGUCUACCUAAAAAUGGUACCUACAAACCAUCUUAUGAAGUAAUGCUGCGGUUUUAUGGCCUGUUCAAACAGGCAGUCUGUGGCCCAUGUACACUGUCACGCCCUGGAUUUUGGGACCCUGUAGGACGUUACAAAUGGGAAGCUUGGAGUAAUCUGGGAGAAAUGAGUCGAGAGACGGCCAUGGCUGCUUAUGUGGAUGAAAUGAAAAAAGUUGCACAAGAUGUCAUUGACACCAUGCAAAUCAAUGAAAAGAAUGCAUCCUAUUUCCACUAUUUUGAACCUCUUUACCAUGUCAUUCAUGAUAUGCCCAGACCUCCAGAGGCACUUUUUUCUCUUAGUUCAGAUGUUAAUGUGAAAGAACCAACUGGUGAUGUGUUUAAACAUAAUGUGGAUAGUGCAACUCAAGAACCAAGACUUCAACAGGAUACAGAAACUUCCCUUAACAGUGAACUUCAACCUCAGAGCACAGAGCAACGUAUGUCAGAGUGUCAGGGGCCGAUUAGUGACACAGAGAGUGAAGUCUUCUGUGACUCGUUGGAACAGAUGGAUAAUAUAAAGCUGACUGCAGUACCAGAUGGUAAUAGUCCUUUCCAGAAUGGUCGUACAUGCAUCGAGAUCUCUGGUAUCCAGGAGAGUCAUUACAGUGCUCCAUCACAGUUGGUUCAGAUAGGAGUUGGACAUGGUGAGGGGGCAGAAGACAGACAUGAUCCUCCUAUGAGGAUGACGACCGCAGGAAGAGAAUGGUUGCAGCAGAACUGGAGGGACUCCCCAGGUUUCAUGGCUCACCACAGUGCUGGACGGCUAUCAGCAGCUGGCUCAGGGCAAGGGGACAGAGACAAUUCUAAAAGUGGGUCUGGCCGGUUACAACAGCAGAUUUUUCUAGCCCUACGGAAACUCCGAGAGGACAUGCAAAGUGUCAUGGAACGACUAGAUGUGGUUGAAAGUCUUGCAACUGCAAAUGCUCAGAAUUCACAUUGGAUAUCACAUUUACAACGGACAGCUGGAGAGUCUGAGGAGAAAUGGUGGCCAUUUGAAAUCUCUGGACGCACAUUGAUGCUGUUGUUGGUGUGGCCUUUUGUGACACAGUGGCUGAGUUUUCUCCUGAGAUGGAAGAAGAGACAAAUUCAUGGGUGCAUAUGAAUUUAAUAAAUAGUCAAGCUACAAGGAUCACAUAUUUAAUUGCCACUUCUCAGUCUCAGGUAAAAGAAGAAAUGUUCUAAAAUCCUAUGUUCGAAAUUAGAUCACUUAAUUUUUUAUGAACAAGUUGAUGAACCAAGUUUAGGUCCUAGCAUUGAUUGUGAAUAUUUCAACGUGUUCCAUUUAUUUUUGGAUAAAAAUGGUUGUUUGUAAUCAUUUGUCUAAAAAAUGUAUGAUAUCCAUACUAUUGUGUUUUCAAUAUAAGUUUACUGUAAAUUUUAA